GGCCCCUGCUACGCAAUCAGGCACGCAAGCACACAAAGCGCGUCGAAACAGGAAGUGGGAUCCAAAACAAACGAGCCGGGCUGUGUGGGCAGCUCUGCGGCCGGGCUCGGGAUAGGGGAGGGGGAACCUCCCAGACGGGCUGCCGUCCCGCCCCCGCCGGGCACCGAAGCCUUUGUCUGUCUCUGCUGUCCCGGACAGAAGCCUCCCUGCGCCGGGAGCCCCGUCUGCUCCGCUCCCCCCGGGCCGAGCGCGGCCUCCCCGGACCCCGGGACCAUGUCGGCCAUGGAGAAACACCUCUUCAACCUCAAAUUUGCCGCCAAGGAGCUCAGCAGGAGCGCCAAGAAGUGCGACAAGGAGGAGAAGGCCGAGAAGGCCAAGAUCAAGAAGGCCAUCCAGAAGGGCAACAUGGAGGUGGCGCGCAUCCACGCCGAGAACGCCAUCCGCCAGAAGAACCAGGGCGUCAACUUCCUGAGGCUGAGCGCCCGCGUGGACGCCGUGGCGGCCCGGGUGCAGACGGCCGUGACCAUGGGCAAAGUUACGAAGUCCCUGGCCGGGGUGGUCAAAUCCAUGGACGCGGCGCUGAGGAGCAUGAACCUGGAGAAGAUCUCGGCGCUCAUGGACAAGUUCGAGCACCAGUUCGAGACCCUGGACGUGCAGACGCAGCAGAUGGAAGACACGAUGAGCAGCACCACCACGCUGACCACGCCGCAGGGCCAGGUGGACCUGCUGCUCCAGGAGAUGGCCGAUGAGGCCGGCCUGGAUCUCAACAUGGAGCUGCCCCAGGGCCAGACGGGCUCCGUGGCUACGGUGGCCUCGGCCGAGCAGGACGAGCUGUCCCAGAGACUGGCCCGGCUGCGCGACCAAGUGUGACGCUGGCUCGCUGCGGGGCUGCGCUGGCCUCUCCCUCGGCCUUUCUGUCACACACACACACACAUCCACCCUGCUCCUGCCACACUGGAAACCUUGGGCACUGCCAGAUUGCUCGAGUGCUGGUGGUGUCAUAAGAUCUGUCCCUUUAAACAUGCAGGAAGAAGUUUUCGCUCUAUGGGAUUUUAUAGUCUGCGAUGGCGUUUGAUUUCUCCAGACGCGGUUGAGGAUCGGGGGCGGGGGUUACACUUUUUGCAGGUGGCUUUUUAACAAGACUAGCGUUUAAAUUGUAUUGAAAACGGGGCCAGAAUGUCCAGCUUUGCAUAUUGGAUUUAAAAUGAUCUGACGCCUUUAAAGUACCGCCUAGGUCUUAACGGAGUUUUAAUUCCCGCUCCCAUACCUUCUGUCCCACAUCCCCCCUCCAAAUGGGAAUUGAAUGAUAAUGGGAACGGUUGGAAUGUCUCUUUGAUUUGGUUUUUUUAGUAAAAAAAAAAACAAAAAGAAAAAGAAAAAUUCAGCUUGGGAUGUUUGUGUUAAUAUAACAUAAAGGCUACUAUUGGCUUUUACUCUCUUUUCAUUAGAUUUAGUUUAAUUAGCAAAAGCAUUUUUACCUAAUAUUCUAACUACUGUUUUGGUGCUGUAAAUUAUUUGUCUUUACCUGAAAAAAUUGCCAUGUCACUUCGUUUAUGGGAGACGUUAAGUUUACUUCUGUUUUUGUUCAUAAACUCACAGCUAUAUUUAACUUUCAUUGUCUCCGAUAUGUUGAAACAUGAAAAUUUAUAAUGAUUUCAUAGCUAGCUAAUUCUGUAGCUGUAUUUUAAAAAUAUGUUCAUUUAUGUGUAGUUCUGUCAUGUUAUUCUCAGAUCCUUUGACUGUUUUGGGAAAAUUCUGGCGUGUGUGUCUAUGUAUAAGAUACAAAUGUUAGGAUAAUGGAAUGAUACAAAUUCCAAAAUUAAAGCUAUAUUUUAAAUUCUUGGUUAAAUGCUUUUAUCCCUUUUGUCUUAAAGCAGCCACUCUUUAAUAAUUGGCAAAAUGGAAGAAAAAAAACUUGAGUUUUUUGUUUUUAAAAUGGAGCCGUAGACAAUUUUAAAUAACUUCUAGUCAGCUAAAAAUGGGAAGUGUAUGGGGUUUUUUUUUUUUUGGAAGAUUGGCUGGGUUGAGGGAGAGUCCUGUGAGAUUGGAAAGCAGAAAUAGCUGUUGAUGAUUACAGCCCAAAAGGAAAGCAGUUUGGUGCCCGGUUGUACUUUGCUUUGGCCAGUUUCUCUUAAUUGAAAUGUGUAACUUAAAAUAUAGCUGUAAUUUUUUCUAAGUUAAUAUGUAGUGGACAGUGACUUGGCAAAAUAUCAAACCAAAUGUAGGGGUCUAGGUUAAGGAAGUAUACUUUUUCUCCUUGCUGGAAGAUGUCUCCCUAAAAGAAUUCCAGUGUUUUUUCAAAUAAGGAAGUGCUAUUGCAGAGCAGAUUGCUAUAGAAAAUCUUCCUCUUGUGAGUCAUGAGAGCAUCCAAAGUGCAAUUACGGAGUUACUUGUAACACAAGGUGUUUGCCAUUUAUAGCAAUUAUUGUUAUUGACUUCCUAACAAUUGUUUAUUGACAAGAAAUGUGAAUCGAGAUUGUUUGAAUACAGCUAAAUGCUGUUAGGAAUUAAAGUUUUGUUUGUUUGUGUCUUGUUACAGGCCCCUUGACUGUCUAACGUUUCUGUUUCCUUGUGGAAAUCUUAUUUUUUUCAUACUAAAAUGGUCUGUUUCUAAUUCAGACAAUCUAGGCUACAUAGAAGAGAUUACUACAAACCAAAAUACCAAGGGAAUAUAGUUUCCUUGUUUUCCAUAGCAAGUAAUCAUAAUUAAAAAUUUAAAUCAUUGCAGAGCUUGGUUAGAAGAAACUCUGUAAGUAGGAAGGAACAAAAUUUGAACAGUAGUGAAUCAAAAAAUUAGUGGGGUUUUUUUGUGUGUUUUAUUUAGACGGAAAGGAAAGAAGAAAAAUAUAUAGACAGUUCCCUUAGGAGGGGAAGAGUUGCAUUCUUCCCUAGUCGCAGUACUUUGGCUUGGUCACACCUGGAGUAUUGUCUUCUAUCCUGGACAACAGAGGGCAGAAUUUGGGGUGAUAGUAGAAGUUAGAGAUUUAGGCUUGAUAACAUCCAAAAAAGGAAUAUGCUGCUUCCGGAAUUAAUGGGUCCUCUAUCUCCUGAGUUCGUCAAGCAGAGGCCACAGUUGUUGCAUAUGUUGGAAGGGAUUCUUGUUCAAACUCAAGUCCUUCCAACUGUUAAAUUAUGUAACUGAGUUUGGUUAAGUAGGAAUAAUUGAAUGUUGAAGAGAUCUGGGAAAACUCAGGUCAAACAGGGAAAGAGAUUUUAAAUGAAAAAAGGGAAAAAUGUGUUUUCUUUUAGAAAUAUUGCUGAAAGAAUUAAAUUUUUUGGUGGGGAGCGGUAAUGUCUCUUGCGGGGGGAGCUUGAUAAUCAUAUUAGGGAUAUUGCCAGCCUUAUGUUUUAUUUUUUUAAUUAAAAAAAAUUUUUCCCAGUUAACAUUUUCUCUCAUCUACCUCCCUCUCACUGAAGAGAAAAGAAAGAAAAUCCUUGUAUUAAUUAUGCAUAGGCAAGCAAAAAAAAAUUCCAUAUUGACCAUGUCUAAAAAUGUGUGUCUCAUCCUACAUAUUUACCAUUCUGUCAGGAAAUGGGGAGCAUUCUUCAUCAUUAAGUCCUCUGGAAUCAUUGGUUCCUUGUGUUGAUCUUAAUGUAACACUUCAUAAAUUUGCAUGUUAUCUUUCCUCAGGGGCCAUGUUUAGUAUCUUGUUACAAUGUUAGUAUAUGUACUGCUGAAGUGAGCAUAGUCCUUGUGCUUUAAAAAAAGAACAUUGGGAGUCUCUUCCCUUUGGAAAGCCUAAAACUGAGAAGAAGGAAAGGAUAUGAAGCAUACUUCUUGGAAGUGACUGUAUUGGGUGAUUGAACUGCCUUUGAAGUCUCGUGUUUUUGUUUUACGUUAUUAUCUUUGUCCUGUAUGUGCUGGUAUUAAAAACCAGUGAACAUUUA